AUGAAGAAGUCCGAUCCGGUAUCGGAACAAGGAAUCAACGCCCAAUCCGAUCCAGAAGCAGUGACUCUCCGAGAGGACGCAGAGGAACGGCUCCUUCGACAAGAAAUGAACAGGGCCAAUCAGCAUCAGCUACAAGUCUUGGGGCACGGCCGUCCAGCUGUGCCUGGAACCACCGCCACGGCUCCUUCGACUGCCACCAAGACGCCUCCUCCAGCCCCACAGUCCACUAUGGAUCCAAAGGGAGAAGAACAAAGGCUAAGAAAGGAAAUGUUGAGCCUGUCAAACCACAGCUUGCCUGGUGCUGCUGUCACCACUCGAGCUCCUCCACCCCCACCAAAAAAGAUGGAUCCAAAGGAAGAGGAACAAAGGCUAAGAAAGGAAAUGUUGAGCCUGUCAAACCACAGAUUGCCUGGUGCUGCUGUCACCACUCGAGCUCCUCCACCGCCACCAGAAAAGAUGGAUCCAAAGGAAGAGGAACAAAGGCUAAGAA